AUGACGGUUCUUUCUGCCCGGCUAAUUGUCUACCUGCAACUGCAUUCCACGGCGGCAGCGACCAUGUUCGAGCAGGUCAUCCAACGUCUCGCCGACCUUAUCAGCAGCCAGCCCUGGGUCUCCGAAGUUGCCGCCAUCCUCCCCCUCUCGGCCCUCAUCGACUUCGUCGAUGUCCCCCAGAAACUUCACAUCCACCAGCUGGUCGCCGCCGUCCCGCACUGGAGCUGGCCCGUGACUCCCGCCGGCAGUCGUCUGCUCUUGGAAGAUGCACCGACGCAGCAAGAAUGUGCCCUGGACCGCUUCGGCCGCUCCACCGUCCUCGAGGGAAUGGAUGGCUGCUUUGGCGCCAGAUAUUAUGUCAUGAACCCCGAGACCGUCCGCUUGAUCAUUGAGUCCCUGCCCCCUUCCGCCGUCGAAAACAGGCACGACAACAUGAAGAUGGAGAAAUCGGCCCUGAGAAUCCAAAACCUCCAGGUCCUGUUUGUUUCCCGGAACCCACCUCCACCGUCCAGCAGUCACCGUGCAGAUGGAUUUCGCUCCCGCCUCCGCUGGUUGCGCUUCUUUUCCUCAUGGCAAUCGACACACUCCUCCCUAUCCUACCAGCUCACCUCGCUGCUGGGUUGGGCCGCCCUCCUCGGCUGUCUCGCCGCCGCCAUCAUGCUCAAGCUACACAUCGCCACGGCCUUCCUCGUCCUCAUGCCGGCAACGGGCCUCUGCAUCACCGCUCUCUACCCCGGUAGUCCUCGAAAGCUCCUCAAAGCGCCCUGGCCCGGCGAGCCGAUGCGCAUGGUGGUAGUAGCCGAGCACGUCAACUCAGCCGACUGGAUCGCCUUUUACGGCCCCGGCACCGCCAUCAACUCGCUGCUGAACACACCACUGGAACCAUCGGCCUCCACCGUCACCACAACCAGUCCCUUCCUCCUCCGCGCCCUCCUCCGCUUUUUGGUCAUAAGCCAAUGGGCCCUCGCCGUCGCGGCUGCCGCUACCAAGGACUGGAACUCGUUCUUUCUCAGCUUCUGGGUCCUGUUCUGCAACGUCACGCACGGCUACGUGAUUCCGCCUAGCAAACAGGCUGGCGCGUGGGCGAAAGCUCCCGGGUGCGCGAAUUUGAAUAUCAGAAAGGUUGAGGUGAAGGUUAGCACGCGCAGAGCGCUUUUGAGUACGUUGGUGGCGCUUAAUCCUGAUUCUUUUAGGGAGAAGAAGGAGAAGGAGAAGGGGAAGGAGAAGAGCAAGGUCACACGGCGACGGCGACGGAGGUGGUACCCGGGAUCGGGGUCUGGAUCAGUAUCAGGACCAGAGUCGUCGGGCAAUAAGUCUGCUCAGACAGGGGAUGUGCAAGUCCAGGAAGUUCAGCAGGAGCAGGACGACGACGUCGACAAACCCGUAGAAUUCCCAUCAGGAAGCACCCGCUGGAUCGACCCCAUCCUACCCACGGGCCACAGCAGAACAGAGUGGGAAAAGGCGAUGCGCAAGGCACUCUUGGAGCUAGCGCCCAAUGGCUGGGAUGGUAACACGAAAGAUGUUGCUAAUAAGAACUUCGAGGCAGUUGACCGGGUCCUGGAACUAGAGAUGGAGAAAAACUUGCGCAAGGUCGAGACGGAGGUUAUCAAGGUCAAGCGGGAUGGAUCACCGGUGGUGGUUGUUACCAAGCUGCCGGCUUUGAGCGACAGGUGGAACGCGAAGUAUGUGGGUGUGGGUAAGGAGCAGAAUUAUUGGAAUCGGUUCGUUUCUGAAGGGAUAUAUUUGGCGGCGAAGAUAAGGGAGAUGGGGAGGGUACCGGAGGAGGAGAAGAAGGCUGGGGUCGGUGGUAAGGGAGUGGAGGUUUAG